GGCGGUCAAGAUAUGAAGAAAUCUGAUGCUGAAACCACAGAUUCUCACUACUUCCGCGGUUUUUCUCUCAACACAACCACCCAUGACAUCAUUUCUUCCGUACACAUUGUGUGUCCCCUAUUUUUUUGCCACACUCGGUUGUUUGAUGUGUGGUUUAGCGGUGGUUAACAUAUAUGAUGCCUGUGAUCGAACAUGGGUUAAAGAUGUCUUGACGGCUUCGCGCUUUCGGCUGUGUUGUACACUUAUAUUCAUCAGCUGGCCGAGUAUAUCCCUCGCGGUUUCUAUCAUUUUUUUAAUAUUAGCAAUGCUGAACGCAUGUUAUGCUUCUGGAGUGUUGUGGUUUCAAUGCUUGACCACUGUAGAGCUCUUGUCUUGGGCGUGGCUGCCUCCUCUCUUCGAUCGUCUGGUGCGCAGUCAUUUAAAAGCACGCGAUACAGUCGAUUGUAUAUAUCUUGUAAUGUUCCCUGGCUCAUCAUUCCUCUCGAGACACAGACAGUAGGCUACGUUCGGUUAUUGUGAGUUGUACAUGAAUAUAAUCAAUUUGCAUCGGA